CUAAAAAAAAAAUUAUACAAGUUUUCAUGAAGGUUUCAAGAUGAAGGUUUCAAGAUUACAAUUAUGCAUCAUUUACAAAAUUUCUCCAAUGUGCAUAUGGAGAUAUUACAAUAGAAAAUAAAGAUCAAGCCUUCACUAUAUUAACACAGUGUUGAGUCACUGAAUACAUACUUGCUUAUAACCAAAACUAGAUUAAAACUCAUUGUUUAUUCUUUUUUUUGUUUUAUUUAAUGAUUUAUGUACUUGUUUAUUUUCGAUACAGCAUGAUUUAUAUUUAUGUCUCCAUUAAAAAGAAGACAAUGCUCGAUAACUAAAUUCAAAUUAAUGAGGCAAAACAAGAUUACUUUAAUUUACCAGUUGUGUUCUGUUCUACUUUUCGAGAAUUAUCAACACGUAUUCGUGUGGGCACUCGUGAUAGGACAAAGAGAUUUGGAGGUUGUAAUUUUUUUUUUUUUUUUAAAAAGUAAAAAAAAUAUCGAGGUAGAUUUGGUGUCAAAAGUUUUGUACUUGAAAAAACAAAACUCGUACUUGAAAAUAUAAAACUUGAAUCUGAAAAUAAACGUGCUAAUCUUAAAACUUUAAAAAUAAAACAAUGUAUUCCAGAUAAAAACACUUGUUUGAAAGUUUUUUCGAGUUGAAAACAGUUUUGCUUGGCCUUGGUAAUUUUUGGGAAUAAACUAUUAUCAGGUUUCACCUCAAUUUAUUCAGGUACACUGAAUGACAAAGUGAUGUUGUUACUCAGUGUUAAGAAAGAAAGAGAUGGAGAAAAAGUGUGGAUGUUUUGUGUUUAUCGUGAAGUGUUAUAAAAUGUUAUAGGUUCGAAGAAAAAAAAAAAGAUUGUUGAAAGCCAUUUGGUUUAUUGAAACAUGAUUUGUUUGUAAUUGAUAUAUGCAUGUCGAAGUUAUGAUCAAUGUUGAUACCAAAGAGUUAAGGUAACUGAUACUAGAUAAGCUACUUCUCAGUUGGAAAAGAGGGAUGUGGUAGAUUGGAUCGACCAUUCGGUGCUCGACUGUGUUGGUCUGUCUGUAUUGGGCGUCGGUGACGUCAUGACUGAGCAGGCAGUAAAGAUCGGCUCGUAUUGCAUCCUUGCCUCCGUGUGUUAUUGAAACAACCAAUAAGCAACCCACGAUUAGUGACAACACUACAACAGUGCAUCAGAGCGUAAAACCACAACAGGGUCAAUCAAAGGGUUAAUUAAGGCGGGGCUUGUGACGUGUGAUAACGAAACCUAAAUAUUUCCGGCCUACUUGAAAUAUCUCGAUGAAAAACAAAUCCAUCUGAUUUGAAAUCAGUUAACAUUUUCAACCUGGAGAAAGCAUCCGAAGCAGAAUGGUGUUGGCAAAUAAACUGAACCUACACCGUGUGCUGAUCAGCCUGGUCAUUGUCUUCAGAUGUCAUGCACUCAAAUGUCAUCAAACCCUCUAUCCGCUCAAUGACCAAUUAUGUUGUCCAAAGUGUCCAAUUGGAAGUUACGUUAAGAGCGACUGCACCGAACGCGGCAGCACAUCAUGCCGGCCGUGCGUGACCGGAACCUACAUGGAUAGCCCGACUGGGCUCAAAAAUUGCUUCCCAUGCAAAAACUGCAAUGCAGGAUCUGGUCUAGAGAUAAAAUUGGAGUGUACCAGGGACUUAGACGCAAUGUGCAAACCUCUGGACGGCUUCUACUGUGUGGACCAAGUUGCGGAUGGGUGUAUUGAAGCACGAAAACACAAAAACUGUCAACCAGGGCAAUACAUAAGCCAAAAAGGAACGCCAUUUUCGGACACCGUAUGUAACGACUGCAUCGGGGAAACGUUUUCAAAUGGAACUAUUACGUUUUGCCAUCCACACAGAAAAUGCGACUCCCAAAGAUUGGUCAGAAGACCAGGAACUGCAACAACAGAUGCUGAAUGUUGGCAAAAACAUUCUCGUGUGGCCAGCAUAGUAAUGUUUUUAGUUGCUCUAAUUGUUGUCAUUACUGGCUGUUGCUAUAUCUUUAGGAGGAAACAGACUGCAAAGGAAAUGCAACCAGAGCCGGCGCCCACACAAACAUGUUGAUCUGUAUCCUUGCUGCUAAUUGGCUUAGAGCUCUAAGAGCAUCUCUAACCGCGCCUAUCUCAGCCUCCUGCCACGCACCCAGUUCGUUUAUGUCAGCAGAAUCAGCAACAUCUUUGAUUCGUUUUCUUGUCAUUUGUUAUUCAUUUGUUUGUUGGGAAACGUUUAAAGGAGACAAGGAGGGCUGGAAUGGCGGCAGAGCAGGACGACGAGGCAAACUGACGAGCCGGCCAAAGUUUGUAAAAAGUUAGGAAAAGUACCAGCAGAAACCAUUCUAAAUAUGUGCCAAAAUUAUUGGGAAUUAGGUUACAUUUCAAGAUAGUGUGUUAAAGCAUGUUGAUUGUAUGUUUUAAUUCUUGGAUUAUUUUACGUUAAUGUUAUGUUAGGUGGCUCGGUGGUGUCAUGAUCGGGAAUGGAGCAGGGUUUAUUGAAGGGAAGGGAAGUGGGCAAACAAAGACACAGAUGGGACAGAGACUCACGGACAGCAGACAGGCAAACAGAAGUCCACUCGGACACGGAACAGAACUGACCGUGAGCCCCCUCAAGACCGUAAAUAGACGAGCAGGACAGGAACACUAGGCACAGACAGGUGACAACAGUAGACACCAACAAGGAGGAGCACACGAUCAGAGUUUAAAUACAUGAGACAACAUAAAGGUGACAGACAUUACAGUAAUGAAGGGGUAUGGCUGAGGGAAGUUGCCGGCCGAGCGCACUCUGGCACGGGCGUGACAGGUGGCAUACUGGUUAGCUUGUCCGCCUCGCAGUUAAGAGGGCGCGGGUUGCCCGAUGACCGCUGCGAUAGGCUCCAGCACGCCCACAACCCCCGUGGGGACAACACGGUACAGAAAAUGGAUGAUAUUAUAUUAUGUUAUGUGCCCGCUCUGCAUCCAUUGCAGCCUGGUCAUCCUGGAAGGGGGAUCCUCCCAUCUGUGGUUUCUUCUCAAGGUUUCUCACUUUUACCCAGUAGGGGUUUUUGAGUUUUUCCUUGCCCUCCUGGGAGUUAAGAUCAGGGGAUGUUGAGAAUGAUUGUCAGUGAUUUAUCUUAAUGGUGUGCUUAUUUAAAUUAAUCCAUCCUACAUUGUGUUUUGUUUUUCCUGAUACUCUUCCUCAAGUCAUCCUGCUGAUUUUUAUUCCCGCUCAAACAUGGUGAAUAAAAAUUCUUGAAUCUUGAAUUUUGAAUUAAGGUUUUCCAAAGCAAUGUUUUUUGUGUUUGUGUGUAUGUGUUGAAUCAGUGUGAAAUUGAACAGUUCUUUAUAUCUUUUACAUUAUUAUUUUUUGUGCAUUUUUUGUUUUUAAAUCAACCAAUGCUUCUAAUUGUUUAUAAAUAAAAUAGCAAUGUUUUUUUUACAUAUUGUUUAAACAUUUUUCAAUUGUAUAUAUGUUAUUACAUUUGCUCAACUUCAAGGUUCUUCUAUGAACCUAUAAAUCACUGCAUGGGUUGGCGCCUUUUUCACAUUUAAGACACGUUUAAAGACACAUUUCUAUGAUAUAGCCUUUAACUAACCUGUAGUGGCCGAUUCGGCUGGAGUUUGUUAAAUCUACCCCCCCCCCCCCCCCCCUCCCCUGGUUGGGUGGCACCCAAACUGACAGCGGCUAUCUGGAUUCUCAUGGGCCAAUUCAGGAUGGGGGAACUGCAGUUGAACCUCCUCGAAGACACUGCCAGGACAAUUGAGAGCCCUUCGCUCUGACUUGGACAUUAACUUUUUUUCAUUGAUUUUCAUAUAAUGUAUUAUCGUGCCCUCUCUCCAUCCAUUUCAACCUGGUGAUCCUGAAAGGGGGAUCCUUCCAUCUGUGGUCCCUUCUCAAGGUUUCUCUUUUUCCCCUGGCAGGGUUUUUUUGAGUUUUUCCUUUCCGUUUUGGGAGCUUAAGAUAAGGGGAUGCUUUGAGAAUAAUUGUCAAUUUUUGUCUAUGUGAAGCCCUUUGAGACUGCUUGUGAUUUAAGGCUAUACAAAUAAACUUGACUUGAAUCAAUAAACAAUGCUAAACAACAA